UCUGUGUGUCAUAUACUGGGGGCCAAUAUGACCGACGCCGUCACCUACGCUGACCUGAAAUUUGAGGAUAUUGUGAUGAAGGAGAAUGAUAACCGAGAAGACGAGGACAAUGGUAGUGACCACGGGGACAUUAUGUACGAGAAUGUGGACACUGUGACUCCCCACAGAUUUAGAGAUCUCCCGGAUCCAUCUGAUAAUCCGGAUAAUAAAAGGGAACAUCGGCUCCGAUUAAGAUCUGAAAAGUGUCUUCUCUUCCAUUGUCUCCUAUUUGGUAUUCUUCUUAUUUCUACCACCGUCGGAAUGUCAGUGAAAUACGUGUCUGAAUCUCGGGAAUUGAAGCGUCUGUCUCAGCGUUUUGUGGAGAUGAAUGAAAGUCUCUCGCAGAGGCUGCAGAGUAAAGAGGACCUGUUAACCUCCACCAAGAAUGACCUGGAGAGCACACAGAAGAACCUGGAGCGUCUGGUCCGGGGUAUGAACACUAUGAAUGAUUCUCUCCUUCAAUGUACAGGAGACAGAGAAACCCUGCAAGUACAGAAAGAAAAAAACAUUCAGGAUCAGCAAACUGUGGAGAGAUCACUCGAUGAAAUCAAGCUUAGAGUCACCCAGAUGGAGCAAGAUCUCUGUUCAGAAAAUUGGAUUAUGAUUGGUAAGAAAUGUUUGUUGAUCAAUGAAGGAACAAAAGAUUGGUAUGAAAGUGAGAGAGGAUGUCUUCAGGAGUCUGCCAACCUUCUCACUGUACGACACGAGGAUGAAGCUCUUAAGAGUUUCUUCUCAAAUAAAGGAGAUUAUUGGCUUGGAAAGGAGAUAAGAUGGAGUCAGUGGUCUACGUGGAAAGAGUGGAUUUUUCCAUUGGGAAAAACAGAAUCCUGGAAAUGCUGGAAGAUUAGCAAUGGAGAGUUGGUGAAAGAUUCCUGUCAGAACCGUAACAAGUGGAUUUGUGAAAGGGACAUUCUCUUAGGGAAGUAUAUUUCCAAAUCUUCGGACAACCCUUUGGGCUUCAGGCUGAAGGAAACAGAGUAUCAAUGUACAAAAAAAUUAUGAAAAGCAACAUUGUUGAAAUCCUAUAUUACCAAUUCCUGCCCAGCAGAAAGAACAAGUCCCUGUUGAGACGAAACGUCGGGAGGCGGCGCUCUGACGUCACCGCGUUGUACGUGUGAGGACCCGGAAGACACGGGCACACGCUCCAAACAAAGCCGGCUGGCUGUUAUUUCAUGCUCGUUUUUAUUGGAUUGAUGUAAGUGCACAAUCUGCUUUUUAUCUAUUAAAAUAUCAUAGGUUUUUACGCUAUGAGCUCUCCUUAAUUUCUUUGCAUAUUCUGGAGUUCCUAUACCUGGUGAUCAAUUGGGGGAUUAUUCAUUGCUCAUUUUAAUACCAUUGGAUGGAUGCUUGAACUCGUUCCUGCUGUGGAUA